CUCGACUAGCGAACCCGCUACGGAGCAUCGUCAAUUCAAUGUCCUCCGGAAUACUCUAUGUCAAAGACUCGCGCACCGAUGUGCAAUAUGAGAUCCCAAUCCGGAGAAAUGCCGUCUCGGCCGUGGACUUCAAAAAAAUUAAAGGCCCAGAAACGGGUGCCGACCGUGCAGAUCAGGUCGCUGGUGGCCUCAGGGUACAUGACCCUGGGUUGAGAAAUACUACUGUUGUGGAGACGGCCAUAAGCUUCUCGGAUCAUGAGAGGAGUUUGCUUCUUUUCCGCGGCUACAGCUUGGAGCAACUUUGGCAAAGCGAUUUCGAGGACGUACUGCAUCUCCUUGUCUGGGGAUCUUAUCCGACAGUGCCGCAGAGGAAUAAUCUCAGCCACAAAUUGACAGAGGCCAUGCUAGCCGUGCCAGAUGAUGUGCAGAGAACGAUCUGGAGCCUUCCAGGCACCUCGUCGCCGCUGCCGCUCAUUGUUGCGGGCCUUUCGGCUUGUCUAGCUAGUCACCCUGACAUGAUCCCGGCAUCGCAUGAUGCUAACAUGUAUCGGAAUAAUCCUGAGGAUACCGACCGUGCCAUAAUCCGAACUGUGGCUGCCUACGCUGUGGUAUUUGGCCUUGUGAAUAGUCAUCGGAAGGGUCUAAAAUUUACGCCGCCAUCUAGGGGAAGGUCAUACUAUGAAAAUCUUUUUGUGAUGGCGGGACUUGUGGACUCGAGGACAGGUCGUCCCAAUUGUGUCAAGCUGUCUUGCUUCCGGCGGUUUUCUAUCCUCAACUCAGACCACGGAAUGGCAUUGACAGUCUUCUCUGCUCUGGCCACAUCAUCAUCCUUGACGGAUCCUAUCUCCUGCUUGAUCACGGCCAUAGGGUCGGCGUGGGGGCCGCUGCAUUUCGGCGCCACAGAAUCCGCCAAGAGAACCUUGAGGGAUAUUGGCGAGGCCGAGAAUAUACCAGGUUAUAUUCACAACGUGAAGCAGGGACACGUGAAGAUGUUUGGGUAUGGCCAUCGCUCGUACAAAGGCAUCGAUCCGCGAGUACCGCCCAUCCAAUCCAUACUGAAGGAUCUGGAUAUGUCUGCAAACAAGCUUUUUAAACUAGCCGAGCGGAUUGAGAGCGCUUGUUCGAAUGAUGCCUACUUCACAGAGCGGGAGCUGUACGUGAACGGUGACUUCUACGGACAUUUCAUCUUCACGGCCAUUGGCUUCGACCCGGAGAUCAUCCCAGCGGCUAUGUUGGCCCAGCGGAUCAUGGGAAUCAUGGCGCACUGGCGGGAGUACAUGCUGACACGCGGCAAGUUGUUGCGGCCAUCACACAUCUACACAGGGGAGGCAGAGGAACGACUAUUGCCGAAAUUUCAGCAAGACCAAGCGACUCUGGUGGCAGCGAACCAGCCUGCCACCGAAGGCACAUCCCUGCUGGCUGAACAGCCCGCGAAGAAGCCAUACUCGAUUUUUACACCUGGCCAGAAACGGCUCAUCAUCCUAACUGCCGCGCUUGCGUCCAGCUUCUCACCACUUUCCGCUAACAUCUACUAUCCAGCUUUGAACUCUAUUGCUGCAGACUUACAUGUCACUAGCUCGCAGAUUAACUUGACAAUCACAACAUACAUGCUAUGUCAAGGUCUCGCCCCGGCCUUUAUGGGAUCCUUCGCCGACCAAGCCGGCCGUCGACCAGCAUAUAUUCUUUGUUUUGCGGUCUAUAUUACAGGUAAUAUCGCGCUCGCCUUGCAGCACAGCUACCCGGCGCUGCUGAUCCUUCGCGCCAUCCAGAGCUGUGGUAGCAGCGGCACCGUCGCGCUCGCUUCUGCUGUGGCUGCAGACGUGAUAACAUCCGCUGAGCGCGGUACAUAUAUGGGAAUCACGUCUGUAGGGAUCGUCCUUGCGCCGUCUGUUGGACCCCUGGUUGGGGGGAUCCUAACACCCGCGACUACCAAUACCCCGGGCCAAAAAUCUUCGAAGAUUGCCCUUCCUAAUCCACUAACCACGUUGCGUCUUCUUUCGCACCUCCCAACCGGGCUCGUCUUACUGUCCAACGGCCUUCUCUUUGCCAGCUACUACGCUGUCACUGCUGGAAUCCCAUCACAAUUCAAGGAGACCUACCAUCUGAAUGACUUCGCAAUCGGAUUGGUCUUCGUUCCUGCUGGCGUGGGAUCCCUUCUAAGCACAACCUUCAGCGGGCUCCUGCUCGACUGGAAUUAUCGGCGUCUACGGGAGCAGUUCGGGUCUCCGAUUCUCCAAGCGCACCAACACGGAGCAUUUCCAAUUGAGCGGGCCCGAAUCCAAAUUUGUCUCCCAUUGACGCUUCUAGCAGCCUUGUCUAUUCUAAGCUACUCCGCGCUCAUGAGCCUAGCCACGCCGACCCUCUCCCAUGCUCUUGUCCUCAUCUUCGCCAUCAGCUUCUCGAUCACAGCAGCCUACAACAUCAUGAAUAUUCUGAUUGUGGAUUUGUACUACAGUACACCCGCCACAGCCAUGGCGGCGAAUAACCUGGUGCGGUGCUUUCUAGGAGCAGCAGCAACAGGACUAGUGCACCCAGCCAUGAUACUUUGGGGAACUGGAUGGACAUAUGGCACCAUCAUGAACUACCAUCUCCUCAUCUCCCUUCUCAUCCGUUUAAUCACUACCCAAAUCAUCGACCCCCUUCCACACUAUCCCCAAACCCUCCAUCUCCACUACCCCAACACCCCAUGGAUCCAACCCGGCGACACCCUCCAAAUACUCGCCCUCCCAAUCCUCAGCACCCAGCACCUCCCACUUCACCAAACCUACACCAUCCUCUUCCUCGACCUCGACGUCCUCUACAACCACACCACAGCAACCGUCAUCCUGCACUGGUACCAGCCCGACCUAAUCCCAUACCCCAACAACACCAACAUCCUCUUCCCAAACCCCCAAGUCCCAACCAGAAAACCAGCACCCUACAUCGCCCCCCAACCCCCUACCAACUCUCACCACAGAUACCUCUACCUCCUGUACACUCAACCACCCAACUACACCUUCCCAGAAUGUUUCGAGCACAUACUCCCCCCUACCGCGGAGGCACGAGCAGGGUUCGACAUGAAACUCUUUGCAGAUGCAGCGGGGCUGGGGACGCCCGUAGCGGGGAAUUGGUUUUACGUUAGAAAUGAGGUGGACUUACCUACUGGGAGUGGUAGUGGGAGUAAAGGAGGAGUUGCUACCUCUACAAGUAUGAGUACGGCUACAACGACGACGACUUCGAUGAGGUGGGUUGAAUGCGAUUUGAGCAGCAGCAGCAGCAGCAGCAGCAGCAUUAGUACUUCUGUUCUCACUACCAGUACUGCUAUUGCUGCUACCACUACAACAACUCAUCGACCCACCGACUCCCGGAGCGAAACUACGCUAGCAAUGAGUAACAACAUUAUCGAAGAAAGCCAGGUCCAGGCCCAGGCCCGACUCAGCUAG